ACGAUUCAACAUAUACAAGUUAAGAUACAGAAGAUGUUCAAUAACCUACAUCUACCAGAGCUGAAACUGAAUGAAAACUUCUCAAUUAGCUUGUUGCAACAUUCUUCCUUAAACUUUGUACUUCUGGCCAUUUUCCUCAUCCUUUUAUUUAGCUGGUUUUCCAACUUCACAAAUAAAGCCACCACCACAAACAGAUCACCACCUUCUCCACCAAAGCUGCCUGUGAUUGGAAACCUUCAUCAACUAGGCUUACACGUUCAUCGCUCACUUCAGUCCUUAGCUCAACAACAUGGGCCCCUCAUGCUGCUGCACUUUGGUAGCGUGCCGGUCAUUGUGGUUUCAUCGGCUGAGGUUGCCUGUGAAAUCAUGAAGACCCAUGAUGGCAUAUUCACCGACAGACCCAAGUUUACCUUCUUUAAGAAGCUUUUCUACAAUUACAAAGAUAUCCUGUCAGCACCAUAUGGUGAGUAUUGGAGGCAGAUAAAAAGUAUAUGUGUCUUAAAUCUUUUGAGCAAUAAAAGAGUUCGCUCUUUUUGUGUGGUGAGGGAAGAGGAAACAAAAUCCAUGAUCAACAACAUACAACAGGUCUGUUCUGUAUCAUCCUCCCCCUCCUCCUCCUCAUCAGUUUUGAAUUUAAGUGAAAUGUUUUUGACACUCACUAAUGAUAUCGUAUGUCGAGUGGCGCUUGGGAGGAAGUACAGUGAUCAAGGGGAGGGUGGAAGGAUGUUUAAGGAGCUUUCUGUAGAGUUUUCAGAGUUAAUGUCACGUCUUAAUAUCGGUGACUAUAUCCCAUGGCUUUCUUGGUUUAGCCAUGUUAAUGGAUUGAAUGGUAAAUUGGAUAAUCUGGCUAAACGGUUUGAUGACUUUUUAGAAAUGGUUGUUCAAGAGCAUAUGGAUUGUUCAAAGACUGUAAAUGGACAUGGCCAUGUUCAUAUUGACAACGAUGAUGGAAGAGAUUUUGUCGAUGUUUUGCUUUGGCUUCAGAAAGAAAAUGCAGAUGUGCCUGGGUAUCCUAUUGAUACAGCAAGCAUAAAGGCUAUCAUUCUGGACAUGUUUGCUGCUGGCACUGAUACCACAUUUACAGCCCUAGAGUGGGUGAUGUCUGAACUUUUAAGGCAUCCAAGGGUCAUGAAAAAAUUGCAAAAUGAGGUCAGGGGAAUAGCUAGAAACAAGACAGAGAUAACAGAGGAUGACUUGGUGGGCAUGCACUACCUAAAGGCAGUGAUCAAGGAAAACCUUCGCUUACAUCCUCCGGCUCCAUUACUAGUACCUAGGGUGUCAACACAAGAUGUAAAAAUAAAUGGUUACGACAUUAAGGCCAACACGCAAGUUAUAGUGAAUGCGUGGACAAUCGGAAGAGAUCCAAAGUCCUACAAUAAUCCUGAAGAGUUUGAGCCAGAAAGGUUCUUGAAUAGUGCCAUAGAUUAUAAGGGUGAUAGCUUCCAAUAUAUUCCAUUUGGGGCUGGCCGAAGGGGUUGCCCCGGAAUUCAGUUUGCCUUGGCUGUUAAAGAGAUUGCUUUGGCCAAUCUAGUGCACAGGUUUGAUUGGACAUUGCCAGUAGGUGUAAGAGGGGAGGACUUGGACAUGUCUGAAUCCACUGGUGCGAGCAUGCAUAGAAAAUAUCCUCUUAAAGCAGUUGCUAUUCCAUAUUCUUGCUGAUAUAGGGCAUUGUACUCCUUCCCUUGACUACCUUGGCAUGGCAAGGGAGUUAUUAUUUCCAUUUUAACGUUUGGAUGAAACUGGAAGUUUGAAA